AAGGGGGGUGCAACCAUGUUGGUCCGCAUGUCAUCUCGUCUCUGCUCGCCUCGUCUCGAGGUCUCCAAAGUUAGUAAGUGCGUUCUCUCAAAGGUGGGGGAAGGGUUCGUCUUCUGCUCGCACAAGCCUCACCAUCCCCAACCGUAUCCUCCCGCAACCUCCUCAACGCUUUCGUUUACGCACGCACGCACGGCGGCAGUGUUUGCAACUGCAAGGCUCUGCUCUCGAUUUUUGGCGUUGGUUGGAAACUGGACGAAUGUGCGAAGGAAGGGUUGUUGGCACGGGGAGCAAGAAACAGGGCUUUGUCUAGGAUCGAGGGCGGACAGGAAGAAUGAGUCAAGACAAGUACGAUUGGCUGAAGAGGACGUCAACCUUUUCGCGGGUCAUGAACCCUGAGCUGCACACGAAGCCAAACCUGAUGGUGGGGGCCAUUGGCACGGGUGUGUUUGUGUUCCUUGUGGGCAGCAUGUACAUGCAAAGGCAGGCGAUGUUACAAACCCCGAAGGUGGAGCGUGAUGGAAUAAAACAAGAUGAAUCAAUGAUGAAGUAAACCCUAGGAAUUAAAAAGAGGGAUUAGAGGAACACAUAGAAAAUGUUGCAUUACCUAACUCAUUACAGCUGUGAAUGCACAGGGUAUAAGUACACUGGUUGAGAUCCUAUACUUCCGGAUUUCAGUACAACAGUGUGACAUAGAUAUAAUUAUAACUAGUGAAUUAGAAUAGGACGACGAAGUGUUGUUAUAGCACCAAUACCCAGUCUCUUUGCCAACUUUGCAAGGGUGAGAGACAAAAAUGACAUCAAUUUUCUUUUGUCAUGGUGAAUAUGAAGACAUCCCAUGUUGCACUUUAGUCAAUUCAAGAAGAGGGGCGGUGAAGACAUGGGUCGGCUCGGAGACAAUUUAAGUUGCCUUCUGUAUUUGGUCACUUGGCCAAGGGGGUGUAAUGAUGAGUAUAAUUGGUUUUGUGGGA